AUGGCUUCCGUCAAUUCAAUAUCAUCCGAGAAAGACAAUGACGAGGAGCGUGACAUCAUGCAUGACGACUUGAUCGAGGACGAAGAGCAGGAGGAUAUCAGCACGGAGCUAGAUGCUUCGCAAAGGGAAUAUCUGGAGUAUCACCAGCGACUCGACGAGUUUUUAUCACCCCUGUCUUUAGAGGAGGCGGUCUUGUACAGACUGGCGCGCCGCUUCUCCGGCACAUACCGCCAUUUGGCCCUGACCUCGGAUCAGCAAUUUUUGCCGACCCCUGUAACACAGCUCCCCACGGGUGAAGAGACGGGGCGCUACCUUGCCAUUGACGUAGGUGGCAGUAAUCUGCGUGUUGCAUUUAUCGAGUUGCUAGGCGAGGCUGUUGAGUCCGAUGUGCAACCCGCAGAUGCCUCGGAGAGAUCGAGGCACACUAUUCGCAAGGCUCAGCGCCAGCGAGUGAGACGGACUUUAGAGCGAGCAUGGCCGAUCCAGGAGCAUUUGAAGAUGGACAAGGCCGAGGACUUGUUUGCGUGGAUUGGUGACUGCAUUGCUGAGGUGGUGGCAGAGAGCUUGACCUCGGACGCUACCAAAAAAGAUAUCCCUGCAGAAUUGGAUAUGGGUAUUACAUUCAGUUUCCCGAUUAUGCAAGAAUCGCUGGCUGAGGCCACACUGAUGCCUAUGGGUAAAGGCUUUGCUAUCACAUCUAACCUGAACCUACGUAACAUCCUUCUGAAUGGAUAUGAGAAGCACACGAGGAGACCGGACGAUGAAAACGAGCCUUCAUCCAAACGUCGAAAGCUCUUUGCUCUACCAAAGUUGAAAAUCCAGGCUAUCACGAACGACACUGUUGCGACGUUGGCCUCGCUUGCAUAUUCCGUCAAAUCUUUACCAAACAGCCGAGUUGCCAUGGGUAUUAUUGUGGGUACAGGGUGUAACGCUACUAUCCCGAUGAAACUCAGCGAACUACACGAAUCCAAGGCCAAGAGUGUCAAUGGCAUGGAGCCAUCAGCUGUCGAAACUAUUGUCAACACCGAGUGGACCAUUUCUGGAGCAGCACCUCCACUCCGAGAACUGAAUAUCACAACCAAGUGGGACGACGAGUUGGAUAAGGCCUGUGCACGCCCAGGGUUCCAGCCAUUUGAAUACAUGACGGGAGGCCGUUAUAUCGGCGAACUGAUCCGCCUAAUUUUAUUCGACUACUUGACCAACAUUGCGGGCCUAUCGAAGCGAAUUCUCCCGGCAAAUCUCAUCCAAGAAUACGCCCUGACGACAACCUACAUCUCCGACAACGUGGCACGAGCACGAUCCGACCAAGACCUCGCAAAGGAACUGAACCAAUCCCUCCCAACUCCCGAAAGCAGCGACUGGCGCUGGGACGCCCGCACGGCCAGCGCAUUCCGAAAAAUCGCCCGAGCAGUGCAGCGACGAUCGGCCGGACUGAUCGCAGCAGCUGUAAUCGGCCUACUAGCUUGCUGCCGCGAGAUCGAGUUAAAAGAAGACAGCAACAGCAACACUCCGGAGACUGCCGCUUCCCCCCAAAACAACAGUGAAAUGCCCGCUCCCAACGCAGGUGCUGUGCCAACCCUUCUCAGCAACAACCUCCACGGCCACAUCGUCCCAGUCCUGCAGCCCACGCCUGCAGACUGGCAAUCCGGACCCGAGGAACUGGUGGUCGCAUACACGGGCGGUAUUAUCCAGCACUACCCGCAAUUCAAAGAGAUGUGCCAACAACACAUCGAUCGACUUAUUAUGCGGACUGGUCCGCAGCGGGGAGGGAAGUCGGUGUUUCUACGAGAAGCCUCUGACGGAGGCGUUAUCGGCGCCGGUGUUCUGGCGGGUAUGGUUGUCAGCAAGUAA